UUAUCUGCACUACCACACUGCGGUCACACUUGCUACGCUCAGCUCGUUGCUCGGUGUUAAGGAUCAUACACAGCAUCGACCAAGUGAAAAAAGGCUGGCCUGUGAAUCCUGUGAAAUUGUCCAUUUAAUGAAAAAACCAAUGGAUUAAGGUUCAAUUUUGUGUAACUACGGCGUGGUGAGCAGAGGAAUUGCAGGUAAUUCGGCGGAUUAAACAGGUAGCUGGCAGCUUGACCAGCGGAGUCUCACAUUUUGGUUUGUGGUUGGUAAACAAAAAAAAAACACAAGACACCGGCGUUUCGUACAGUACCGGCCAUAGAAAUAUAGCCACCAUGUUGGCCCAGACGGUCUACCUGAAGGUGACACGCCUCUCGCUGCGCUCCGCCUCCAAUCUGUCCAAGCGCCGCGUGGAUGAGCUGAACUCGGGCAUUGGCGAGCUCCGGCAGCUGCUCUCCUGCGUGGUCUGCUGCCAGCUCCUGGUGGAUCCCUACUCCCCCAAGGGCAAGCGAUGCCAGCACAAUGUGUGCCGGCUGUGCCUGCGCGGCAAGAAGCAUCUCUUUCCCAACUGCUCCCAGUGUGAGGGGUGCUCCGACUUCAAGACUUACGAGGAGAACCGCCUGAUGGGCAUCCAGUUGCUGUGCUACAAGACGCUGUGCGUCCAUCUGCUGCAAUCCUCGUUGUUCGGCCAGUUGGCUGGCUUGCGGCCCCAGGUGGGCAGGGAGUUGGUGCCGCGCAUCAAGCUGCCGCCCAUGACCACCCAGGAGUUCAUACGCGAGGGCUCUAAUAUCUCAGACACUGGGGACACCUUCCUGCCGCAGCCGGAUUUGCCUUUCCUCAAGGAUCUGCCCACAUCCCUGCCCGCGGAGACGCCUCCGACGACGGCAGCCACCACUCCGGAGCUGCCCUACGAUCAGCAUCUCAACAUCAGCGAUAUCGAGGCUGAGGCGGCGGCCACCGCUGAACAGGGUCACUUCUCGCCACUUCCUCUGCUGCCCACGGGAUCUCGGAUGGGUUUGCUCACCCAUGGCGGCCAGAUGGUCAUCGCCACGGAGUCUGGCCUCAUAGAGCACGCCUGGACGGAUCAGGUGGACCUCUCCGCCGCCGUCUCUGUGGCCAGUUUCCCCAGCAACAGCACCAACUUUGCCGUCUCCUAUGUUAUGCCCACGGCAGCAUCCACUCCGUUUGAAUCGCAGGAGCUGCAAAUCGGUCAGGUGGUGCAAAUGGCAGACUCCACGCAACUGGAAGUGCUGGAGACCAUUGAAACCUCCGGCCAGUUGGCUGUUGAAGAGCCCCAUCAAUUGGCUGUUGAGGAAUCUGUUGAAAUCUCAGCUCAAUUGGAAGAGCUGUCUGUGGAGGAGCCUCUGGCUGCUAUAAGAGAUCAAGAAGAGAGCAGGGAAUUGGAGGUUCCCGCGGAAAUCGUAGAGCAAGAAGAGGAGUUGGCCCUGCCAAUUGCCCAGUCACCUUUGCUAGCUGAUUUAGAAGAGCCCCAAGCAGAGGUAGUUUCCUCCCACAAAAGGAAACUAUCCCAACUGCAGGCAGAAGAACAUGUCGAGCAGGAGGUGAUUGAUAAGGAUUUGGAAGAGCUACAAGCAGUAGCUGAAGAGGCAGCCGAAGAGCACUUGCAACCCCCCAAUGUGGAGCUGCAGGAGGAGGAAGAGCCACCACUCACACGAAAGAGAACCCGCAGUCUGAAGGCCUCGCAAGCGGCCAAACUGGAGCCUGUCAAGUUGCAGAGCGGCAAGAGUUCCUUCCGCAAGAUUCGCGGCAAGGAAAAGGAGGAGAAGGCCAAGCCAACGAAGCCCAAGUGCCGCUGUGGAAUCUCUGGUUCGGCCAAUACCCUGACCACCUGUCGCAACUCCCGCUGUCAGUGCUAUAACUCUGGCAAUAGUUGCGCUGGCUGCAAUUGUGUGAGCUGCAAGAAUCCCCACAAAGAGGACUUUGUGGAGAGUGACAACGAAGAAGAACUGAGCCCAGAGCCAGUGGUGCUGGAGCAAACAGAGGAACCAGCAGAGGCGGCCAAGCAGGAGGAGGAGAACAGUGGGGAGGCUGUGCAGCCAGAAAGUUCAGGCGAUGGCAUCAGUUUAGUGCCAUUGAGCAAUCUGCAGCAGUCACAGCAUCCCUUGGUUCUGGUGCAGAACGAGAAUGGCGAAUACCAGGGUUUUAAUAUCUUCCAGGGCAACAAGCCCGUUGAUCCGGCCACAGUUGGUUUCAUGCGCGUCCAGUUGCAGAACAACGAUGGCAACGGUUCCAUACCGCAGUACGCCUAUGUGAUGCCACCUCCUGCGCUUCCCGCAGAGCCACCACUUCCACCGCCAUCCCUGUCGCCACCACCGCCGCCGCCGGCUCCCGAAAGGAAAGUGAUCGAGUCGUCGCCAACCAAGAAAUUCAGGACCACCAGUAGAACACGACGCGGCAGGGCCAACUUCUCGGCCCUCGACACGGUGGACGAGCUUGUCAGUGGCGGAUCGAGGAGCAACUCUGCCGCCGGCGACAGAUUGUCAGCCACUGACAAUGCCCACUCACUGUUCGAGGAGAUCAUGUCCGGCUCGGAUGACUUGUAAGCAAGGCAACGACUCACCCAUAGAUGUUGUUUUAUCCUUACAUUGCUUAUAUAAUUUUUUUUUUUUUUUUUUUGUGUUUAUGUGAUGUAUUUUGUGAUGCCCAGAAAUGUUUCUUCAAAUAGAAUAUGUCUGGGCAUCAUCCUCACUGAUCUUCUUAUUUCAUUAAGAUAUUUAGUUCCUCUCUAAUCAACGCCACAACAAACACUCAAAUCAACUCCCAAAUAUCUUUUAGGAGCAUUCUACAUCCUGAGGAUUUCCCAGACUUUUUUAAUCAUCCAGCAAAUGUUUCCAAAACUCAAUUUUUUUGAAUAUGUAUUAAGCAACCAAUUAGUCGUCUAGUAUUAAGCAAUGUGUGUAUGUUUACAUAUAAAUAUGUAAACCAAUUCUGCAGCUGCCGCAGGAAAAAUGAUAUAUAUUUAUGAUUUAAGAGCAAAGCAAUAGUCAUAACUAAAGGAAAUUUAGUUCGUUUAACGAACAGCGAAUUAUAAAAUAUCUUUUGUAUGCUUUGCUCAAAAUGCGGUUGCUGUGAGCCAAAAACAAAAAAACAAACAAACUCAAUUUUUUUUCCUAAACUAAGACAAUUUUUUGAAUAGGCUAAGACAUUUUUUUGGGCAUGAAUUUUUUUGAGCACGAGAACUUAGUUUUAAGAAACAAUAAUACAAACUAAGCCAUAUAUAGCCGUUAAUAUAUAUGCGAAUAUAUAAAUACAACAACUAUUAAAAAAAGUCAAAUAAAUAUGAGCAUUGCAGUUAUGAAAUAUUUUGAUUUAUUUAUUUAGAUUACUCAAAAAGGUUAUUCUUAACAUAAGCUGUUAAAUAAUCUGAAAAGUGCGAGUGUAAAAUUUAAAAAUACUUAACAAAGACAAAUAAAUAUGAGCAUUGUAA